AUGUGUGCAAAGAUUUUUAACUUUCUAUCUCUUCUCAUUCAUUUAUCUCUCCAUUCUUCUAUCGUCUUCCUUCUCCUUUCCUCUACCAGUUUCGCUCUCCUUCUUUUCCCCACCUCUCUCUCUCUCUCUCUUUCUUUCUGUCGUCCCCUUUUAGUUUUCUCUCUCUCUCUCUCUCUCUCUCUCUCUCUCUCUCUCUCUCAUGUUUUCACAUUGCAGUCCGGUAUCGAUCGAUUUUGCCUCUCUCUUCUUUCUAUGAUUCCAUUUCCGUUUUCGUUGUUCUUGUCGUUACUGUUGUUUGCUUCUACUGCUGCUGCUGCAUCCAUGCCAUCGUCACCUUUGGCGCUUCUGAAACUUUGGAAGAAUGCUAAAUCACUGAGGCAGAUGUGUAAAUUCCAAUGCACUCAGCACCUGAAUAAUGGAUGCCUUCACUCUGAAAUUCAUUCACUUUCGAUUUUGCAUGACUGCUAA